AUGGUUGAAAAUGGUUACCAUUCGUGGACUUUUCAGCUGUUCGAGAAAACUGGUAUCCUUUCACUUGGCAGCAAGUUGUCUGAGAUGAGAAGCAAGGUCAUGAAGAAGCUGGAACUUUCGAAAUUGAAGCGAGAGGAAGUUGAAAGAAAGCUCAAGGAAGUUGAAGCUAGACAAGACGAUACUGUUGAAAACUUGAAAGACACGAUAUACGAGAUCAACGCUGAUGGAGAAUGUCGGCAAAUCCUUAUUCCAGAGAUGAAAAUUACCCUAAUAACCACGUGGCAACAAGGAGUCUUCUACCGCUUUGACAACAGCACAGACUAUUACACUAGGAAAAUGUUCGAAAUGGGAGCUAAACAAUGGGAAGAAGCAACAUGCGUCGACUUCAAAGAGGACAAGGAUAAAAAAGCUAAUGACAGUAUCGUGUUAAUCAAAGAGGACGGUUGCUGGUCGUAUGUAGGCCGUGUCGGUGGUGAGCAGCCCCUUUCGCUCGGUAACGGCUGUGACCAGAAAAUUUUUGCAGCCGCCGGAUGUGGAAAGAUAUUGAAAGCGAAGGAGAGCAAGCAAUUCCUUAUCGACAAAUUGGGAUUUCCUUCGGGCGUCAGAGAUGAAUUCAUGUUCUGCAAUUACUGGAUAGAAGCUCCUGAAGGGAAAAAGGUUGAGAUCAAGAUAAACUCCAUCUCACAUGGCUACGCUCAUGAUGGCUGCAUUCUAGGAGGAGUUGAAAUCAAAUCCAGUAAAGAUCAAAUUCCUACCGGUUAUCGGUUCUGCUCACCGAAUGAUCGUAACACAGUGCUUGUUUCGGCCUCAAAUCGUGUGCCUGUGAUCACGUUCAACAGAUCCGGUCAACAACAGAUUAUUUUGGAAUACAAGAUCGUUUCAUAG